UUUUUAAAUAAACAAAUAAAAACCAGCUGCCUUGACGAUUUCACCUUACUUAGUGCAUCCUGAUUUAUGAUUUCUAGAUUUAUAUAUGAAUUCAUUCAUUUGAAGUUCUGUUUCAAAAUCAAAAUAUUCCUUCAUUAUUCUUUGAUUCCUUCUCCAUUUGAAUUUAUCAAAAAUAAACUGAAUUUAUUUUCAAAGCUAUUUUUUUAAGUCAUUCAAUUGUAACAAAAAAUAUAUUUCCAACAUGCCUUUAGAAGCGGUAAUACGACGCAAUGCUGAAAAUACGGAACGUAUAAUGAAAAAUGCCUUGGGUUAUGUGGUCUGUAAUAAUAACUAUGGUACAAUAGCUAUAUCUUCCUAUGACAAUACCGUAUCGGUGGGCAUUAUAAAGUUAAUUUGUAAAAUGUUGGUAUCGGCCGCUAGAAGUGCAGUACGUGAUAUUGACAGUACAAACGAUUUGAAAUUUUUACGCAUAGCCACCAGAAAAUUUGAAUAUUUAGUAGCACCAGAAAAGGAAUUUACUAUAGUGGUGGUACAAUGAAUUGUUAAUCUCAUAUGUAUUUUAUAUAAAAAAAACUUUUAUUUUUAUUUUUUUUAUCUAUCUCUUGUUAAAAAAAACAUUUGGCUAAUACAAAUAAUUAAAAUUUUUCAAAAUAAAAGAGUGGUUAGGCAUUUUGAAAACCA